AUGGCUCACCAUCUUCUGAGAAGCAUCAUCAGUAUCAUUGAUGCUUUCCUCUCUAAUGCAAAGAGUGAUGGAGACGGUCAGAGGCUGAAUAAGACAGGACUUAAGAAACUUCUCCAAGAAGAGUUUGGAAAUGCUCUGGAGGAAUCAAAUAAUUCUGAGACAAUAGACAAAAUCCUCCAGCAGCUGGAUCAAGAUGGUGACCAAACAAUUGAUUUCAGUGAAUUAAUUUUGCUCAUGUUUGCAGUGACAACAGCCUACUAUGCACACAUAAAACCUCUUCUCUAUCCCAAAGUAAAAGAAAGGGACAGAAGAUCUGUAACUCAAGAAAAACAAGUAACAGAACUAGAAGGCAAGCAACUGCAAAAAGAAAACUUCCAAGAGAGAGAUCAGGGCGAAGAGUCCCAGGAUGUGGAGAGACAUAAAGUGAGAGAGCAGAGACCAACGCCCAGUGAUGAAAACAGUCAUGGAGCGAGAGACCAAACCCUAGAAUCACAGGAUAUUGGAAGGCACCAAGAGAGAGACCAGAUUCCAAAGCCAAAGGACAUUGGAAGGGAUCAGGUGAGACAACACAGCCCAGAUUUCCAGUAUAAUGCAAGACAACAAAGUAGGGAGUGGACACCAAGAGCUGGAGGGCACCAUCAAGGAAGGAAUCAGAACCCAGAACAAAGCAACAGUGGGACACAGACUGGAGAACAUAAAUCUUCACCCAGAAGAAAUGAGACACAAGAAGUUACUGAUCAGACCUCAGAACCAAGAAAUGAGAGAAGAUACCCACAGGGAGAACUAAGUCCACAAGCCAGAGGCAAAAAAGUACAACAAACUGGAGAACUGAGACCAGAGCUGCAAGAAGAUGAAAGACAACAGAUGAGUCCUAAGAUCUCAGCACCAACAGAUGAAGAGAGACAUUCAGGGAGAGGGUUGAGCUCAGAUAUUCAAACUAAUGGAAGACAGCAAAUUAGAGAACAGAGACCACCUCUGAGAGAGGAUGAGGUUCUGAGAGUUAGUGACCAAACUCCAAUAGCACAGGAAAAUGGGAAAUACAAAGUGAGAAUUCAGAUCCCAGUGACACACAAUAAUGAGCAACACCAAGUGAGAGCCCUGAGCCCAGAGCCCAGGAUUACAGAGAGACACCAUGUUAGGAACCAGAGCUCAGAACCAAGAAGUGAUGAUAAACAACAAGUAAGAGGCCUAGGUCCAGAAAACACAAAUGAUGGGGGAAGUCAACUUAGAGAGCAGAAAUCAGCUUCAAGACAGUAUGAAAGAUUCCAACAUGGGGACCAGAUCCCUUUAUCAAGAGAUAACCAGAAAAGGAAAGAGAGAGGCCGGAGUCCAGAACCCCAGAAUGACAAGAGACACGGCCUAAGGGAGCAGGUAGUGGAUCCCAGGGCUGACGAGAGAAGACAAAAUGGGGACCAGAGACCAACUUCAACAGAAGAGGAGAGGCUUGCAGUGAGAGAACAAACCAUAACAAAUACGGACGAGAGGAGACUUCAAGUAAGAGAUGUGAGAACAGAAAUUGCAAAUGAUGAGAGAAGCCAACGCAGGGAGCACCGACCAGCUCCAAGACAGGAUGAAAGGAUCCAACAUAGAGACCAGAUCCCCUUGUCAAGGGAUGAUGAGAGAAACCCAGUGAGAGACCUGGGUCCUGAACUCCAGAUUGAUGAGAGACACCACCUUAGGGAGCAAAGACCGGAUCCCAGGGAUGAUGACAGAAGACAAAUUGGUGACCAGAGACCACCUGCAACAGAAGAUGAGAGACUUGGCGUAAGAGAACAAACCCUAACACCAAGGGAUGAGAGGAGACUCCAAGUAAGAGAUGUGAGAACAGAAAUUGCAAAUGAUGAGAGAAGCCAAGACAGGGAGCAGAGACCAGCUCCAAGACAGGAUGAAAGGAUCCAACACAGAGACCAGAUCCCCUUGUCAAGGGAUGAUGAGGGAAACCCAGUGACAGACCUGGGUCCUGAACCCCAGAUUGAUGAGAGACACCAUCUUAGGGAUCAAAGACCAGAACCCACGGGUGAUGACAGAAGACAAAUUGCUGACCAGAGACCACUUUCAACAGAAGAUGAGAGACUUAGCGUAAGAGAACAAACCCUACCACCAAGGGAUGAGAGGAGACUCCAAGUAAGAGAGGGGAGACUUGAUCUUGGAAAUGAUGAGAGAACCCAAGAAAGGGAGCCGCAACCAGCUCCAAGACAGGAUGAAAGGAUCCAACACAGAGACCAGAUCCUCUUGUCAAGGGAUGAUAGGAGAAACCCAGUGAGAGACCUGGGUCCUGAACCCCAGAAUGAUGAGAGACACCACCUUAGGGAGCAAAGACCGGAUCCCAGGGGUGAUGACAGAAGACAAAUUGGCGACCAGAGACCACCUGCAACAGAAGAUGAGAGACUUGGCGUAAGAGAACAAACCCUAACACCAAGGGAUGAGAGGAGACUCCAAGUAAGAGAGGGGAGACCUGAUCUUGGAAAUGAUGAGAGAAGCCAAGACAGGGAGCCGCGACCAGCUCCAAGACAGGAUGAAAGGAUCCAACACAGAGACCAGAUCCCCUUGUCAAGGGAUGAUAGGAGAAACCCAGUGAAAGACCUGGGUCCUGAACCCCAGAUUGAUGAGAGACACCACCUUAGGGAGCAAAGACCGGAACCCAGGGGUGAUGACAGAAGACAAAUUGGGGACCAGAGACCACCUGCAACAGAAGAUGAGAGACUUGGCGUAAGAGAACAAACCCUACCACCAAGGGAUGAGAGGAGACUCCAAGUGAGAGAUGUGAGACUUGAUCUUGGAAAUGAUGAGAGAAGCCAAGACAGGGAGCCGCGACCAGCUCCAAGACAGGAAGAAAGGACCCAACGAAGAGACCAGAUCCCUUUAUCAAGGGAUGAUGAGAAAAACCCAGUGAGAGACCUGGGUGCUGAACCCGAGAUUGAUGAGAAACAUCUUCUUAGGGAGCAAAGACCGGAUCCCAGGGGUGAUGAUAGAAGACAAAUUGGGGACCAGAGACCACCUGCAACAGAAGAUGAGACACUUGGCAUAAGAGAACAAACCCUAACACCAAGGGGUGAGAGGAGACGCCAAGUAAGAGAGGUGAGACCUGAUCUUGGAAAUGAUGAGAGAAGCCAACACAGGGAGCAGAGACCAGCUCCAAGACAGGAUGAAAGGAUCCAACACAGAGACCAGAUCCCCUUGUCAAGGGAUGAUAGGAGAAACCCAGUGAGAGACCUGGGUCCUGAACCCCAGAAUGAUGAGAGACACCACCUUAGGGAGCAAAGACCAGAUCCCAGGGGUGAUGACAGAAGACAAAUUGGCCACCAGAGAUCACCUGCAACAGAAGAUGAGAGACUUGGCGUAAGAGAACAAACCCGAACACCAAGGGAUGAGAGGAGACUCCAAGUGAGAGAUGUGAGACCUGAUCUUGGAAAUGAUGAGAGAAGCCAAGACAGGGAGCCACGACCAGCUCCAAGACAGGAAGAAAGGAUCCAACAUAGAGACCAGAUCCCCUUGUCAAGGGAUGAUGAGGGAAACCCAGUGACAGACCUGGGUCCUGAACACCAGAUUGAUGAGAGACACCAUCUUAGGGAUCAAAGACCAGAACCCAGGGGUUAUGACAGACGACAAAUUAGGGACCAGAGACCACCUGCAACAGAAGAUGAGAGACUUGGAGUGAGAGAACAAACCCUACCACCAAGGGAUGAGAGGAGACUCCAAGUGAGAGAGGGGAGACCUGAUCUUGGAAAUGAUGAGAGAACCAAGACAGGGAGCCGCGACCAGCUCCAAGACAGGAUGAAAGGAUCCAACACAGAGACCAGAUCCCCUUGUCAAGGGAUGAUAGGAGAAACCCAGUGA